AAAAAAACAUUCAACCCGACAAAUCAGAUCUCUCUAAACAGCAACGAGAAAGAGGUGAACGUAGACGACUGUUAGGUACUCUCUGUUUGAUAUGUUUGGAGCCUCUAACAACAACGCUACGUCUGGUGGAGGGCUCUUUGGGAAUCAGAGCACUUCUUCGAACGGAGGUUUCAGCUUUGGGAAUUCCAAUGCCAACGGUGCUGCCAAUGCCAAUGGCGCCAACAAGAACACCUUCUCCUUUGGUAACAGCAGCACAUCCUCUCCUGCCGGGUUGUUUGGUAAUUCGAAUGGCAAUGUGAAGGCGCCAGGUGCCGGAGGCCUCUUUGGAAGUAACUCCGCCGCUACCAUGAGUACUCCUCAACAACCUGCUGUGUCGUCAGGCAAUUUGUUUGGUAGCAAUAACAACAACAACAAUAACAACGCGGCUGGUGGGUUGUUUGGACAGAAACAGAACACUUUUGGAGCCAACAAUCAGGGUGGUGGACUGUUCAGUAACAAUGCCACUUCAGCUUCCAAACCGCUCUUUGGUAAUGCAGCGGUGAGUACACCAGCUCCAACAAGCGGAGGACUAUUCGGUAACAACGUUGCUUCUAGUACAAAGCCAUUGUUUGGUAACUCCAACAGCAAUACCACAUCAUCGUCGGGACUUUUUGGAAACAGUUCAAAUCAACAAGGGUCGUCGCUUUUUGGAAAAUCGAACACAGCAUUCAAUCAACCGUUGAUGAACAACGCAACUCCCGUGAAACAGUAUAACUUCAAAGAUUUGCCUAAAUCGUUGACAGAUUCGACAAAGGCCAAUAAAACAAUAAACCUCACUGAGUCUUCUAGAAAAAGAAGCUUGUCUUCAGUCAAUGGAUCAGCUGUACCUCAGGGGAAAUCUGCAUUGUUGGAGAAAUUUGGAUCGAGAUUCUCCACUAUCCAAUCACAAGUAAACUAUAACUCCGAGGGCCUAUUUUCUCCAAAGAAGGAUCUGAUCCAGUCAAUGCUGAGAUCUGAAAGGUCUCAUGAGACAAACUCAGCUGUUAGCAAACUUCCCCAAGACCGUUUUUCAUCAAAUGUGGUUUCCUCAAGAUCAAUGACAACCCCAAGAUCCAUGUCCACCGACUAUCUCAAGUUAAAGAUUAACCCAUCAAGAACUGAAUCUAGAAGAUUGAAGAUAUUUGGUGAUUCUGGUGGAGCAAAGAAGGUUAGAAUAUUAGGCAAGGAAGAAGUUAAAGACUCUUUUGUUGAUGAUUCGAACGGCAACGCUGAGCUUGAUCAAACACACCUCUUGUCAACGUCUCCGAAUAAAAAGGAACAAGAUAAAUUUGCUGAGACUAUAUCAGGUGUAUCAUCUCAAGACUCUGAAUAUUGGUGCUCUCCUUCAAUAGAGGAGUUACAGACGCUUCCUCUGAGACAGCUUGCGGAAGUGCCAGGGUUUACCAUAGGAAGAAAAGGUUAUGGUGUUAUUAGAUUUGAGCUUCCUGUUGAUUUGACUGCCUUUUGGUCGGACUUGAAGGGCAACUUAUUUGGUAACAUUGUGAAGAUCAACAAGAACCACACCGUUGAAGUAUAUCCUAACGGAUCCGUUCCUUUGGGCACUGGCUUGAAUGUCCCAGCUAUUAUCACUUUGGAAAAAGUGUUUCCAAUAACUAGACGUAAAGUUGCUCUGAGCUCAGCAGAGAAAGACAUUGAACAUCGCUUGUUUGUUAAGAAGCUGAAAGAGCUGAAAGACAUGGAAUUUGUGACCUAUGACCCUAUUAAUGGUUCAUGGACGUUUAAAGUACAACAUUUCAGCAUUUGGGGGUUAGUGGAAGAAGAUGAUGCUGUUGUCGAUAUUGAAGAGGAACUUGCAAAGGCGAAAAGAAAAAUUGCAUCAGCAGAACCAGCAGAACCGACACAAUCACUAAAGAGACCAACUCCUCCAGCAGUGUCGAAAAGUACUCAAAAGGUUAUGAAAACAAACAACUUUGCCGAAGACACAUUUCUCUACAAAAAGCAAAAUGACAAUAACACCUACGAAUUCGAUACAACUUCCUUCAUUCCAGGGAGUUUCUUCUCCCCAGAUGUUGAUAAUGAAGAGCAUGUUGAAGAACAUAACGACGAGAUAAAUACUGAAAAUAUACUUUCAGACUCUAGUGUUGAUGAUGAGGAGGUCAAUGCAGCUGUGCCUAGUCAGUUGGGAUUUGAUAACGAUGACUCGCUUUCUCCGGAGGACUUUGAAAUGGUUGAAAAACAGUUUGAGCCGGAAGCCUUGGGUCAACAAGACUUUGAUGUCUUGGACGCGAAUCCAUCUCUGAGCAUUAGUGAUGAUUGGGAUACACAAUUGGAGUUAUGUUCCCGUUAUGAUUCUGUUUUUGCUAGUGAUAAACUGAAACAGACCACCAUUUUUGAGGGGCCCUUUUCCAAAAACCUGACAGCUGGUGAUCUAGACAAGUUGCUAUAUGGAGAUUUUUCUAAAGUUCUCAAAUCGCACCAGGCCAUCAGAGAUGAACUCAGAUUCUCAAAUUAUUCGUUCGUUGAAUUCUCGGCAUCAAAUAAGCUAUUGAGACAGACAUCUCAAACGACAUCGCAUGUAAGUGCAAAAUCUAUCUACUUUCUAUAUGACUCUGAUAAUGGGCAGUUCUUAAAGUCUGUUUUCAGAAACCAUCUAUCAUGCUCAAAAAUUGUGGAAAGAAGCAAUGGAUUCCCAAAAGUUGGGCCAAACAAAUGCUUUGACUUUAGACAGAUCGCCAACAGCCUAAGCUAUGAUUUUUCACAGGAGCAGGGAACUGUUUGGGAACUGGCAUCUGCAUUGUUUGACAACAACACCAACGAGGAAAUUGUCGGCCUUAAUGACACCAGCGUUGUCAAUAGAGUCUUGGAAAUACAACGCCGUGAAGCCUUGAUCUCAUGGAUCAAAAAUGAUAUUCAGUCAGCAAUCGACGCCAAAUUGGAUGCUUCAAACGACACCUUUGAACAGAUAUUCUUCCUUCUCAGUUCUUUCAACAUAUCAAGUGCUGCUAAACUUGCUAUAACAUCUAAUAAUCUUCAUUUAUCUGUUUUGAUCUCGUUGCUUGGUUCAAAUGACCCUGAAGUGAAAUUAAGUGCUGGGAAGCAACUUGAGGUUUGGAAACGCAACGCUGUUCUUCAAACAAUUCCUUCGGGGCUUGUAAAGAUUUACCAAUUGCUCAAGGGAGAUGUCUUGGCCACUGAUCUAAUUGAUGGUCUCUCACCAAGCGUUUCUUGGAGAACCAAAUUGGGUCUACUUCUUUCGUACGGUGACAUCAAUGAGUCUUUAGCUACACUCAUUGGAUCGUUUAUUGAUUCUGAGAGUGCAUCAAUUCCCGAGCAAGAUCAAACUUUCUUCAACCUUUUCAAGCUAUUUGUUUUCAAACACCAUUCGAUUUAUGAUAUUUCUGAGAUCUUUGCGUUGCUCAGAGGCUCUAAGUUGUACGAUGUCACUUUACAAUGGUAUUUGUAUGAAAUUCUUUUCAGAUCGACCAAGCAACUAUCUUUUGGUGCUGAUAAUGAGUUCCUUGGAGAUCGUACAACGUUACUCUUCAGUGAAGAAUUGCAAUCGAUGGGGUUAUGGGAAGAGGCACUCUUUGUGCUUUUGCAUUUGACGAACAACAGUGCGUGCGAGUCCUCGAUUACUAGACUGUUGUCCACUAACCCACAGAUCUUAGAGAAUGAUGAUGUUACUGAACGAUUAGUUCAGCAGUUAUCAAUUCCACAAUCUUUGGUGUCUGAAUGUAAGGCGCUUCAUUGCAGAUACACUGGAGACCACUGGAAGGAAGCACAGUAUUUAUUGGAUGCUGGCAAAUAUGACGAAGCUCAUAGAGUGAUUGUCUCGUUUGUCGCCCCGGAUGCUGUCAUCAACAAUGGUUCCAAGCUUGGUGAGUUGGAAUCCUUGAUAUCACAAUUCCCAGAGCGUCCAAAUAUCGAAGGCUGGAACAUUGGCGUAUCUGUUUACAAGAACUAUUUAAAACUUGUCUCAUCAAAGUCAACCGCACAGUCACCAUUGCGCUUCCUCAUUGAGUCCCUUCCUUUGGUCAAGGCCUACAACUUCCGGAUGAAUGUUGCCCUUCAACUCAUGUCCAAGUUUGUUGCCGAUAAACUAGCUCAAUUACAGAGUAAAGAGGGAUCUGGUGUAUUGGAUUUAGAUGUUUCCAAGACCGAUAAGCUCCCUCUUGGAGAGAGCGAUAAAUCUGCGGUGAUGGUUCUUGAUCGUUUCUUGAAAAGAGAGGCACUAUCUUACUGAUUUAGAUUGUUCAACUAGGUACAUUACGUUGUUUUCAUAGAGAGUGUGUUUGUAUAAGAAAUGUAUCAAUUGAAAGAAAAAGAAUCAU